UUCCUCACGACUCAACCUUGACGUCCUCGAUCCGCCACACCUACAAACAACCAGAAACCCUACUAUUCUUGGCAAACCAAAAAUUCUAUUUAACGGCGACAACACAACCAAAGCGUGGCAUCCCCUUCCUAGUCCCUUUCCUUCCCUCACCAAUGGCCACGAGAACAGCGUUGUGUCUUCUGGGCCACGUCCUCCUCGCCGUCGCGUCGGUGGCGGCGGCGGCAGGUGAUGCGGGCAAGAUCGGCAUCUGCCACGGCCGCGUCGGCAGCAACCUCCCACCGCCGUCGGCCGCGGCGGCGCUGCUCAAGCAGAACGGGAUCACCAAGGCGCGGCUCUUCCUCCCCGACCCGGCCGUGCUCCCGGCCUUCGCCGCGGCGGGGAUCGACCUCAUGGUGGGCGUGCCCAACGAGAACCUCACCUUCCUGGCCGCGUCGGGGCCCGAGGGCGCGGCGCAGUGGCUGCGGUCCGCGGUCCUGGCGCACGCCCCCGCCGACCGCGUCCGGUACCUCGCCGUCGGCAACGAGGUGCUGUACAACAACCAGUUCUACGCGCCGCACCUCGUGCCGGCCAUGCGGAACCUGCACGCCGCGCUCGCCGCGCUGGGGCUCGGAGGCAGGGUGAAGGUCUCCUCCGCGCACGCCUCCUCGGUGCUCGCCGCCUCGUACCCGCCCUCCGCAGGAGCGUUCGACGCGGCCUCCCUCCCCGUCCUCCGCCCCAUGCUGCAGUUCCUCGCCGACACCGGCGCGCCCUUCAUGGUGAACACCUACCCUUUCAUCAGCUACGUCAACGACCCGGCCAACGUGCAGCUCGCGUACGCGCUCUUCGGCGCCGGCGCCGCGCCCGUGCAGGACGGCGCGCUGGUGUACACCAACCUGUUCGACGCCACCGUGGACGCGCUGGUGGCCGCGCUGGAGAAAGAGGGGUUCGGUGCCGUGCCGGUCGCCGUGACCGAGACCGGGUGGCCCACCGCGGGGCACCCGGCCGCGACCCCGCAGAACGCCGCGGCGUACAACGCCAAGAUCGUGGAGAGGGCGGUGCGCGGCGUCGGCACGCCCAAGCGGCCCGGCGUGCCCGUGGAGGUGUUCCUGUUCGACCUGUACGACGAGGACGGCAAGCCCGGCCCCGAGUUCGAGCGCCACUUUGGCAUCUUCAGAGCGGACGGCGGCAAGGCGUAUGACAUCAACUUUGCCUAGAGCUCAUAGUUUCUGGAGUGAUGGACGGCUAAUCGUUGAUUAGUGGAUCAACUGCUAUAUGCUGAGUAUUAAAUAUAGAUAAAAAUAUAAACUAAUUGCACAGUUUGGUCAGAAUUGA